AUGCACCGUUUAGUAUUACAGCGCUGCAAUUACAUCAGCCCUAGAACGAUAGCUGGCACCGCGUUCAUUCGGCGGUCAGCGGUGACAAAAUCUCUACCACUUGCGGCUAUCGAGAGACAAGAACAGCUGCGGGAUUCGCAAAAUGAUCUGAUCCGCACAGCAAUCACGCGAUCGCAAAACGAAGCAUCGCAAUCCCCGCCGAUUUCUCUGUUGGAUUCCCCCGGUGUAUUCGAGAUACCGGAAGUUAGCGUAAAGCCGGAAACCACCGGCGGCGACAAGGCGCCCUUACCGUUCGAGGAUAUACCGGGACCGGCCGUUCUCAAGAUUUUGGAAAAGUAUUGGAGAUAUGUACCGAUUUUUGGUACGCAAUUAAUUUGCACCCUCCUCAUCAACAAGGUUACCCUGGGCCAGUUGAGCUGGAAUCGUAAUAUCGUCCCGUUGAAGUAUCUUUUCAACGAAUACGGACCGAUCGUUCGCAUACACGGACCGAUUUCCGGCGACGUCGUCAUGAUUCACAGGCCCGAACACAUCGCCGAAGUCUUCAAACAGGAAGGGGUAGCACCCGUUCGAAGCGGUAUCGAUGUUCUUCAACACUAUCGUCUGCACCACAAAAAAUAUAGCCUGCCAGGACCGUUCAACAUGCAAGGACCGGAAUGGACGCGGUUGAAAGAAAAACUGGAGAAACCGUUCGCCGAUCAAAUUGGCCGUUACUUCGAAAAGCUGGAGAUCGCCUGCGACGACGUUGUGCGAAGGAUAAGGAAAAUCCGCAACCGACAGUACGAGGUUCCGGAUGACUUCGGUCAGGAUCUCUCGCGAUGGGGUAUGGAAUCCUUUUCGGUGCUGAUGCUCGACAAGCGAAUGGGAUUCUUGGAACCAUCGGGACUCGACGGGACUUCCGAAGCGAGCAGAAUAAUCGAAGCGUUGACCCUUGCCCACCACUAUCUCAGUCGAUGCGAAACCGGAUUUCAGUUCUGGCGAUUUUUCGAUACGCCGUUCGCCAAGAAACUAUUCGCAGCUUGCGACGUCAUCGACGGUGUGAUUGGAAAAUACAUCCGACAGGCGCAAAAUAAAUUGGGAACGCGAACGGGAGAUGAAAAUCAGAGCGACUCCGUUGACGAUGAUUCAUCCCCUCUGAUCGAGAAGCUACUUUUGAGUCAGGCGAUGCAACCGGACGAUAUUUCUACUGUUAUGAUGGACAUGAUCAUUCUAGGGGUUCAAGCGACGACGAAUAGCGAGGCUUUUCUUCUCUACUACCUCGCGAGAAAUCCGAGAGUUCAACGCCGCGUUUACGAAGAAGUUUGCGCCGCGAUGCCCGGCAGAGAAACUUCCCUGACGCAGCAGGAUUUGAAGGGGAUGAAGUACCUGCGCGCUUGCAUGAACGAAUGUCACAGAUUACGACCGGCGUUUCCCUUCAUUACGAGGGCUCUUCCGCAAACGGUCACCUUACACGGCUACACCAUUCCAAAGGGAACCUACGUGAUAAUGGCGAAUCAGAUAUCGUCGCUUCGCGAGGAGAAUUUCGAGGAUCCGGAGAAGUUCAAGCCGGAGAGGUGGUUGCAGUCGAACAACGUGGAAUUCGUUCGUCACCAGCGGUUCAGUUGCCUACCAUUCGGCCACGGUAUUCGUUCGUGUCUCGGCAAAGAAAUGGCUGAGACGGAAAUGGCGUUGUUAACGGCGAAGCUGAUUCGAGAAUUCCGGAUCGAGUACGACUACGCCGAUAUCGGGAGCAAGUACAUGAUGGUCAAUGUACCCGACAGACCGUUGCGUUUCCGUUUCGUUGACAGAGAUUGAAAACCGUAAUACGUGUGUCCAAUUCGGUGACAUGUCAAAGUUGACU